CCGCGCUCCGCCGCCAGAGUUAGCAGGACAUCAGUAUGAGCUGGUCACCUUCCCUGCCAACCCAGACAUGCGGGGCCUGGGAAAUGAAAGAACGGCUUGGGACAGGGGGAUUUGGGAACGUCAUCCGAUGGCACAAUCAGGAAACAGGCGAGCAGAUCGCUAUCAAGCAGUGCCGGCAGGAGCUUAGUCCCCGGAACCGCGAGCGCUGGUGCCUGGAGAUCCAGAUCAUGAGGAGGCUGAACCACCCCAACGUGGUGGCCGCCCGGGACGUCCCCGAGGGCAUGCAGAGCCUGGCUCCCAACGACCUGCCCCUGCUGGCCAUGGAGUACUGCCAGGGAGGGGACCUGCGGAAGUACCUGAACCAGUUUGAGAACUGCUGUGGCCUGCGGGAAGGAGCCAUCCUCACCUUGCUGAGCGACAUCGCCUCUGCACUUAGAUACCUUCACGAAAACAGGAUCAUCCAUCGGGAUCUAAAGCCAGAAAACAUCGUCCUGCAGCAAGGGGAACAGAGAUUAAUACACAAAAUUAUUGACCUAGGAUAUGCCAAGGAGCUGGACCAGGGCAGUCUGUGCACUUCCUUUGUGGGGACCCUGCAGUACCUGGCCCCUGAGCUGCUAGAGCAGCAGAAGUACACGGUGACAGUGGACUACUGGAGCUUCGGCACCUUGGCCUUCGAGUGUAUCACGGGCUUCCGGCCCUUCCUGCCCAACUGGCAGCCCGUGCAGUGGCACUCCAAAGUCCGGCAGAAGAGUGAGAUGGACAUCGUGGUGAGUGAGGACCUGAACGGAGCCGUGAAGUUCUCCAGCUCGUUACCCCACCCGAGCAAACUCAACAGCGUCCUGGCCCAGCGGCUGGAGAAGUGGCUGCAGCUGAUGCUGAUGUGGCACCCCCGACAAAGAGGCACCGACCCCGUCUAUGGGCCCAAUGGCUGCUUCAAGGCCCUGGACGACAUCUUAAACUUGAAGCUGGUUCACGUCUUGAACAUGGUCACGGGCACCAUUCACACCUACCCUGUGGCAGAGGACGAGAGUCUGCCUAGCUUGCAGGCCCGGAUCCAGCAGGACACAGGCAUCCCUGAGGAGGACCAGGAGCUGCUGCAGGAAGCGGGUCUGGCCUUGAACCCCGACAAGCCCGCCGCUCAGUGCGCCUCCGACGGCAAGCUGAACGAGGGCCGCACCCUGGAUAUGGAUCUCGUUUUCCUCUUUGACAACAACAGGGUCGCCUAUGAGACCCAGAUCUCCCCACGGCCCCAGCCUGAAAGCGUCAGCUGUAUCCUGCAAGAGCCCAAGAGGAGCCUCCCGUUCUUCCAGCUGAGGAAGGUGUGGGGUCAGGUCUGGCACAGCAUCCAGGCCCUGAAGGAGGACUGCGGCCGCCUGCAGCAGGGCCAGCGCGCCGCCAUGAUGAAUCUGCUCCGGAACAACAGCUGCCUGUCGAAGAUGAAGAAUUCCAUGGCCUCUAUGUCUCAGCAGCUCAAGGCCAAGCUGGAUUUCUUUAAAACCAGCAUCCAGAUUGACCUGGAGAAGUACAGUGAGCAGAGGGAGUUUGGGAUCACAUCAGACAAGCUGCUGCUGGCCUGGAGGGAGAUGGAGCAGGCCGUGGAGCUCUGUGGACGGGAGAACGAGGUGAAGCAGCUGGUGGAGCGGAUGAUGGCGCUACAGACGGACAUCGUGGACCUGCAGCGCAGCCCCCUGGGCCGGAAGCAGGGCGGGACGCUGGACGACCUCGAAGAGCAGGCACGGGAGCUUUACCGGAGGCUGAGGGAGAAGCCCCGAGACCAGCGAACUGAUGGCGACAGUCAGGAAAUGGUACGGCUGCUCCUGCAGGCAAUCCAAGGCUUUGAGAAGAAAGUGCGAGUGAUCUAUACGCAGCUCAGUAAGACUGUGGUCUGCAAGCAGAAGGCUCUGGAGCUGCUGCCCAAGGUGGAGGAGGUGGUGAGCUUAAUGAGCGAGGAUGAGAAGACUGUGGUUCGGCUGCAGGAGAAGCGGCAGAAGGAGCUCUGGAACCUCCUGAAGAUCGCUUGUAGCAAGGUCCGAGGUCCCGUCAGUGGAAGCCCGGACAGCAUGAACACGUCCCGCCUAAGUCACCCCAGCCAGCUGCUGUCGCAGCCUUGCCCAGCCCCUGACAGCUUACCCGAGGCCGUCACGAAGAGUGAAGACCUCGUGGCUGAAGCACACACCCUGUGCACCCAGCUGGAAAACGCCCUACAGGACACCAUGAAGGACCAGGACCAGAGCUUAAGGUCUCUAGACUGGAGCUGGUUGCAGUCGGGGGAGGAGGAGCAGCACAGCCUGGAGCGGGCCUCCUGACGGGGGGCAGCCCCCACCCUGCCGGGCUGCCUGGC